UUCCCCCGGACCGUCCACAUCUCCGUUUCCCGCCCCUCUUUCGGUGAAUAAAUUGAAUUUGCCGGGAGAUACAGAGGAAGAUGGCGGCUAAUGACCGUUCCCGGUCCGAAGCUGCGAAGCAGCGACGGCAGGACCAGCUGCGGCGGUGGCAGGGCUCAGAGACCGACCUAACCGGGGCAGAAUUACGGAGUCGGGCUGUGAAGUCCGCGAAAGUCCGCUUCGCGCAAGGCGCUGUGUUCAUGGCCGCCUGCUCGGCCGGGGACCGGGAGGAGGUAGCCGAGCUGCUGAGGCAGGGAGCUGAAAUCAACCACGCUAACGUGGACGGAUUGACUGCACUGCACCAGGCCUGUAUCGAUGAGAACGCUGAGAUGGUGCAGUUUCUUGUGGAAAGCGGGAGUAAUGUUAAUAGAGGAGACAAUGAGGGCUGGACACCCCUUCAUGCAGCUGCUUCCUGUGGCUUCAUCCAAAUCGCAAAGUACUUGAUAGAGCAUGGUGCUCAGGUUGGAGCAGUGAACAGUGAGGGGGAACUUCCUCUGGAUGUGGCCACUGAGGAUGUAAUGGAAAGGCUGCUGAAGGCAGAGAUCAAAAAACAGGGUGUGGAUGUGGAGCAGGCCAGGAGAGAGGAGGAGAGGGUGAUGAUGCAAGAUGCUAUGGCUGUUUUGGCAGAAGGUGGCCGUCUUGUUCCUCACCCCAACACCAAGGCCACCGCGCUGCAUGUAGCCGCUGCUAAAGGCUACAUCGAAGUGCUUAAGGUGUUGCUGAAGUGCAAAUUGCAAAUUGACAGUAAGGACAGUGAUGGAUGGACAGCCCUGCAUGGCGCUGCUCACUGGGGACAGGAGGAGUCGUGCACUCUCCUUGCGGAACAUAUGUGUGACAUGAACGCCGUCAAUAAUGUGGGUCAAACUGCACUGGAUGUUGCUGAUGAAAAUCUAGUGGAAAUUUUGGAAGAGCUGCAGAAAAAGCAAAAUGCAAUGCGUACAGAGAGGCAGAAGAUACAGGUCCCUGUUAUUGAAACCAGCCCACCCAUCUCUAUGGCCCCGGUUCGACCUCGCAGGACUUCCAUCUCUCGUUUGAGCAGCAAGGAUAAGAUCACUUUGCACGAAAAAGAGAAGCACCCUGCACCUGCCCUCCAGACUCCAACCACAGAGGAAGAAGAGGAGGAGCCUAACAGCCAGAACCGUCCAGCUGCUCCAUCCAAAACGUCCAGCAGCUCCAGCUCAGAGGAGGAGAGUGAAUCAGAGAGCGAUGCUGAAUCAGAAAAAGCCAAAACCAGAGAGCUGAUCAACAACCUGAAUAACAAGCGCAACAGUGCCACUCCUAUAACAACAACCACCACAACCACUAGUACCACAACAAACCAGGUUAAAAAGUCAGAGCCAGUGCGGGCUACAGUACAUGAGGCUCCAGGUUCAUGGAGGACCUCCCUGCGUAAAGCAGGCAGCUCGGUUACUCUGGGGUCAUCAGGAGUGUCUGACACAGUAGCGGAGGCCCUGCGCGGCACUGAGAGCACCACCAACCCAGGAAUGAGCCGCUCAGCCUCCAGUCCAAGACUUAGCUCAGAUACUGACACAAAGGAGCCCAGGUUAGCCCGAGUGCAGCCCACCCCGUCCAGACGCCUGUUCAGCAUCGAAAACAGCAGCACUUCAGACAACCCCAGCAGCUGGUUGAGCCGGAGCUCCUCGUACACACGCAGACUGAACAGCCAGCCAGGAAGCGAUUCGACUAGCCAGAACCCCUAUUUACUUCGCAGCUCAUCAUAUGGAAAGAAACUCGAUGACCCCUCAGUGACCUCUCAGGGAACCUCUGGUCUUGGUCGCCUCAACAGCAUAGUGGCUCAGAGAUUAGUUCAGGACCAGUCAGAAAAGAAGGAACCAUACUCUACAACAACAGCUUUGACAACUGCUGAGCAGGAAACAAAGCAGAGACGCAGGUCAUACCUUACACCGGUGCGUGAUGAAGAGGCUGAAGCUCAAAGGAAGGCCCGUUCCAGAAUUGCACGGCAGUCUAGACGCUCCACUCAGGGUGUUACACUUACCGAUCUUCAAGAAGCAGAGAAGACGAUAAAGACAGAAAACAAAGAAAAGGAGAAGAAAGAGGAGGAGGAAAAAGAAGGGAAGCAGAAGAAGGGAGAGGAAGGGGAGGUAAGUUGGAGGUCUCGUAUUGCAAACCUGCAAAAGUCGGAUCUGCUAGGACUCACUCACCCUCCUGGUGCCCCGCGCCCUGCUGACAGAAGAGAUGCAGAGGACAGCAUUGCUGACAUUGAAGAGAGGGCGAGGGAGAGGAGGAGAGCGAGAGCUCGGAGAAGAGAAAGAGCAGGAGAGGGUGAAGAUAACGAGCCAACUGCAGGGGAGGAGAGCAGCAGUGGGCUGGACCCACAGACAAACAGGCACACAAGCAUCAGGUCUAAUCCAGCCUUUAAUGACUAUGUCAUGCCUGGGGGAUCCGAGACUAAGGAUUAUAAAAAGCUUUUUGAGAGGUUAUCCAGGGAGAACACUCAGCUGCAGGCUCAACUACAGGACACACUGAGGAAUGUAUCUAUGACCAGAUUGGAGCUGGAAAAAGCAACCCAGCGACAGGAAAGAUUCAGUGACUGCACUGCUUUGUUGGAAUUGGAGAAAAAGGAAAGAACAGUGUUGGAGAGACGUGCAACUGAGUUAGAAGAAGAGCUAAAGGUAUUGGGGGAUUUAAGAGCGGAUAACCAGAGGCUGAAGGACGAAAAUGGAGCACUCAUCCGAGUGAUCAGUAAGCUCUCGAAAUAGACGAGAACGCAAGUAAGCGAAUGUGCGGGAGAACCGGGAAAAGUAGAACAAGAGACAAUCCACCCCUCCCCCACACUCUGUGCCAAAGAAGCAGCAAUGACAGAGCGAGAGAGAACGAGGUCGAGAAAAGAAGGACAAAGAAUGUCACUUUUUUAGAUGUGCACCGUUUGGUUCAACUGCAGUUACCUACCUGUCUGCUCCUGAUGCCCGAGCAUUCAACUGUGUGUGUGUGUAUGUGUGUGUUACCCUCAGUAAAUUCACACCAUAAACCCCUUCAGAAGACUGGGACUUAAAGAUAGGCAUGCACACACUUUACAGGCAUACACACACACACACACACACACACAGGCACUGUGUACAAUAUUCACACCAGAGUGCCACACCAAUACACAUUCCUCACCUCUCAGGCAUCUUGUGUCUGCAAUAUUUUUUGCACUUUGCAUACACUUCACACAUAAAACACACUCAGCAAAAAGCUGAUCUAGCCACAUAGUUUUUUAUUUUAUUUGAAUUGCCUAAACUAGCACUAAGUUAUAUCAAUUCAGCACUGCCUGACAGCGCAGCUAUACAACACUACGACCAGUGCCACUGGAGCACACAACACAAACCAUCAGUGUCAGUGCAGACCCGUGCACACCUCCAACGUUCCUGUGGUGCACAACCCAAUCAUGCUAUGCAUUGUGUAUUUUUCCUACACAUAUAAUUAUAAAGGUUAAGAAUUAAUUAUUAUUUCCAUGUGUUUUGUUUGCAUCCUGCUCAGAGACGAGGAUGGUAACAUUGUUUAUUAUAUAAAUGGACAAAUAUUACCCUAAAAACAGUAAUGACAUCAAGUGUAAUGUGAUAUUGAUACCCAUCUUUUUUAAUAUAUAUAAAUGAAUUUCAGCACUUAAUAAAAAGUUGUGUGUGUUUCUA